CCUCAAUGCAAUUUUGCACUGAUAAGGAGCCUUUGUAGGACAGGAAGCUCACGCGGCUGAUCGUACGUGACAGUGUAAACAAACAACAGAGCUCUUGCUCAGCAAGUCGUAGACUUUUGUUCGUCUUUGAGAUUCCCAAGAGGCAUCUGUGGAGAUAUAAGUUAUCCUUGAGAGGCUACAGAGCCAUGAUUUUACAGCACAUGAUUUUCUGCCUUCUCCUGAUACACAGAGGGCAGCCUCUCAUUGUCGUUCCAUUGCGAGCAGUCAUGGCCACAGUUGGGGAAGAGGUUGUUUUGCCGUGCCACAUUAAACCAGAAAUGGAUGCUAAUGGGAUGAGGCUGGAGUGGGCAAGACCUGACCUAACACCCGGGUUUGUUUAUGAGUGGGCAGACCAAAAGGAACACGUGGAAAACAAACAGCCGUCGUACAGAGGAAGGACAUCAGUGGUUAAGGAAAAACUGGAACAUGGAGACAUUUCACUGAAAAUCUCAAAUGUGACCAUCUCUGACGAGGGAAUAUACAGAUGCCUUGUUCCACAAGUGGGUCAAGAGGCCUUCAUUAAACUCAUUGUUGGUGCUGUCUCCUUUCCUACAGUCACUGUAAUAAGCAAAACCAGCAGCAGGGUGGUGUUACAGUGUGAGUCUGCAGGCUGGUAUCCAGAGCCUGAGCUGCUGUGGUUGGACGGUGAGGGAAACCUCCUCUCUGCUGGACCUACAGAGACCCUCAGAGGUCCUGAUGACCUCUAUACUGUCAGCAGCAGAGUGACUGUGGAGAAGAGACACAGCAACAACAUCACCUGCAGAGUCCAACAGAGGAACACCAACCAGAGCAGAGAGACACACAUACAUGUUCCAGUCCCAUCCUGGUAUUUGAAGUUGGUCUUGGUUCCGGGCUUACUUGCUGUGUUUCUGAGUGUUCUAUUGAGCAUUCACAGAUGGCGAGUAAGGAUUCCUGAACAUGCUGAAAAAGAGGUGAUGCUGAAGAAUCCAGAUGUGUAAACACCACAAGGAACAGCUUUGAUAGAAAACCACACAACUCCAGAGGGGCAAGAACUUCAGAUCAAGUAAGAUCAGGAAGUGGAGGAAGCAGGGGAGCAGCUGAAGAAGCUACACAUUUCAUUGACAGGAAAACAAGCUUUGAGAAAGAGUUUAUGUGAAUACAAUGACUGGCAUUGUCAAUAUUCCUGAACAAAGCACCUGUGCUUAAACAGUCUUCAGCAUGGCUUUAGUCUCUCUGUAUGUAUUUCUAAAUGGCAAUAACUCAACUCAGUUCAUCUGUGCAAAUUGGUUGUUACAUUUCUUACUGUGUUAGAUGAGCUGUAGCAUCUGAAGUUUCAUGUGAUGAGGUCAUGUAAUCACUUUUAUUGCAUUAUAGAGAGUGGAUAUCAUCAGUAUUUUGAUCUGAGACACGCAGUUCUGACCAUGAGCACAAAAUGUCCCCUUACCAUCCAAGUCUCCUUUUUAUGAGGGAAACCAGUCAGUCAGACAAAAGUUGGCUUAUAGGGAGAGGAGCCACGAAAAGACAGAAGAUUAACUGAAAUGUCAAACUGAGGCUUAAAAUCAAAGAAAAAUAACGAUUAUUUUGAACUGUGAACCAUCCGAAGCUGCUUUGAAGUCCAAGAAAACAACAUAUUGUCUUGGAAACAAGCAGAAUAUGCUCCAUUUCCCAUUUCAGUGCAUUAUUGUAACUUUGUAACUACUUUUCUGGUUGUAGACGCACCAUUUCAGAAAAAAAGCUUCUUUGGGUCUGACCCAAAGUCACAGACUGACAAUCCUAGUAUAGUUAAUUUUGGUUAAAAAUGGUCAAUCAGGAGCUUUGAGUCUCAGGAUUGGACCAUCUCCACGGCCAUAUUACAGGAAGUAAAAUUAAAAUCACUUUAGAAACCUCAAAAGACCCAAACUGUUUUAACUUCCUCUAGGCAACCAAAGAAGGGCUUCUUACCUCUAACCUAGUUGAUGACUGUCACUUUCAUCAGCUGUUAAAUUUGCACUGAGUCUAAUAAUCUGUGAUAGCUACAAUGCUAAAUCAGAAGCAGCACUUUUCUGUGAGGCACCAUUCAUAAAGGUCUUGUAUUGGAAAGAGUUUUUAUAAUGAAUUUAAGUGCCAUGCAUGGCAGAGUUGAUCUGAUUAAUAAGAGCUAAACAACAUAGUAUUAAGGUCUAAAUAGGCUAUAUUUAUAUGCAGUCCAAAUCAAGAACACUUUAUUUGAAAAUGAGGCAGCACAUCUGUACAAUAUAUAAUCUGUAGAUAAAUAAUAAGUUAACAGUUUUAUUUAUUUUGGUUCUCUUUGCAUUGACCUAUUCUUAAUUGUUGUGAUAGUGGGCCUUGUUUAACUGUAUGUACCUCUGUCUCUCUCCUUUAAUAUCAAAUUAAUGUAUUUCUAUUGAAAAAGAAUACUUUUUAAUACAAUCUUUGUAAAUAAUA